AGAGAGAGAGGACAUAUUCUUCAUAGCAACUAGAGGAAGGAUCCAAAGGGAUCGCAUUGAUCCUAAGUCGAGUGAAUUCUCCUUAUUAUUUUCUUAAUUAUUGGCAAAAUAUCCCAAAAUUUUGCUUGGUUUUGGAUCAUGCUAUCCCUUUCGAUUCAUCCUUCGGUAGCUUCAUCUUCGAUCAGACGGUUAUAGUAGACUCUUCACUGGAGAUUUUGUUUGGCUUAACGAGUCUGCGACGCUUUGGUCUCAAGCCAACAACAACAAUCUUGGAAACUCUCUUCUUACAAUGAAGGAGAGAAAAAAUCGCUUAAAAAAAAGACAGAUUAUAUAUAAAUCAGAAAAGCUGGCUUUCUCAAAACUCCUUCAUGUAGCUGAGGAAGGAGGAGGAGGAGAAGAAGAAAGGCAAAGGCUCUUAGCUGCAGAGACACAAGAAGAGCCCUUUGUCGUAACGACCAUGAACGGCACCGAAGCUAUGAAUUGCAAAGUUAAUGUCAGAGGAGACGAUGUUGAUAUCGAAAUCCCUGACACUGCUCAUCAAAUUAGCAGCGAUUCAUGGUUUCAGGUGGCGUUCGUUCUGACAACCGGUAUAAACAGCGCCUAUGUGUUGGGAUAUUCAGGAACAGUAAUGGUUCCUUUAGGUUGGGUUGGUGGUGUGGUUGGUCUUCUUCUCGCUACUGUAAUCUCUCUCUAUGCAAAUACUCUCGUAGCCAAGCUUCAUGAGUUUGGUGGCAAGAGACAUAUUCGUUAUAGAGACCUUGCUGGAUUCAUUUACGGUAGAAAGGCUUAUCACCUUACAUGGGGAUUGCAGUAUGUUAAUCUUUUCAUGAUUAACUGUGGAUUUAUCAUACUAGCUGGCUCUGCCCUGAAGGCUGUUUAUGUGCUUUUCAGGGAUGAUCAUACUAUCAAGUUACCUCACUGUAUAGCCAUUGCUGGUCUGAUAUGUGCGGUUUUCGCUAUUGGAAUCCCUCAUUUAUCUGCUCUUGGGGUCUGGCUUGCAGUUUCAACCAUCCUCAGUCUCAUCUACAUAGUAGUAGCAAUUGUCCUAUCAGUUAGAGACGGAGUGAAAGCACCUGCAAGAGAUUACGAGAUACAAGGAUCAUCAUUAAGCAAACUUUUUACCAUCACAGGAGCAGCAGCAAACCUGGUCUUCGCAUUCAACACAGGGAUGCUUCCAGAGAUUCAGGCCACAGUGAGACAACCAGUUGUGAAAAACAUGAUGAAGGCUCUAUACUUUCAGUUCACAGCUGGUGUCUUACCAAUGUAUGCAGUUACAUUCAUUGGAUAUUGGGCUUAUGGAUCCUCAACAUCCACCUAUCUGCUAAACAGUGUUAACGGCCCACUCUGGGUCAAAGCCCUUGCUAACAUCUCAGCUAUACUUCAAUCUGUUAUCUCUUUGCAUAUAUUUGCGAGUCCAACAUAUGAGUACAUGGACACAAGGUUUGGAAUCAAAGGACAUCCAUUAGCUUUAAAGAACUUGGUGUUCAGGAUCAUGGCGAGAGGCGGGUACAUCGCGGUUAGCACGCUUAUCUCGGCGCUCUUGCCGUUCCUUGGGGACUUCAUGAGUCUAACUGGUGCAGUGAGCACAUUCCCUCUUACGUUUAUUCUAGCUAACCACAUGUACUACAAGGCUAAGAACAAUAAGCUUAGUCCUUUGCAAAAGCUAUGGCAUUGGCUUAACGUUGUCUUCUUCAGUUUGAUGUCUGUUGCUGCCGCCAUUGCAGCUCUCAGACUAAUCGCCCUUGACUCUAGAAACUUCCACGUUUUUGCAGAUCUGUAAUUCAUUAAUAGUCAUUGUAUGUAUUCAUUAUUAUACUUGUUAGGCAAGGUUUGUUUCCACUACCAAAGCUUUGUAUUCUCUUUUUGUUUCCUCUACUUGACCACAGAGAGCCUCUUCUUUACUCAGAGUUAUAGGGUCUUAACUGGAACAUCAACUUAGAGCUUACUUCACUUUUUUCAACUUUA